AUGAAGCCUGCAUUCAAAGCUUUUGACAUGCAAGGACUAAUAAACAGGAUUAACAGAUCAAUCGUUCCUCCACUUCCUGCACAAUACUCUGCUGCCUUCCGGUGUCUGGUUAAAAGCAUGCUUAGGAAAAAUCCAGAAGCCAGACCAAGCGCUGCUGAGCUUCUCAGACAACCGUUGCUUCAGCCGUAUAUUCAGAAGAUUCAUCUGAAGAUAACUGAUCCAGGAAAUAAUGUUGUUCCAGAAUCUGAAUCCUCUAGGAGAUACAGCUUACCUGAGCAGAGAAGGCGUCCUCCAGGCAAGAGCCAUAGCUUUGGUCCAAGCAGGUUCAGGGGUAAAGAGGAAGUUUCUGUUUCUUCCAUUAGAAAACCUGUGCAAGCAUUGUGUACAGAUGAAAGUGGUGAUGGAACGGUUGUUCAUAGAGCCUCAGAGGCUUCUAAAAAUUCUAGGUAUGUUCCAGUGCGAUCAAGACAGCCUAGGAGUGACCUUGGUCAACGCACAAACCGAAAACCAGCAGCGUUGUCUCGUAGAGCCUCCAUGCCUAGCACAAGAAAACCUGUAAAAGCAAUUAAAGACUCUCACCACCAAAUAAAGUCUCCUAACGUGUCCAUGAACGCACCAAGAAUCGACAAGAUUGAGUUUCCAUUAGCAUCAUACGAGGAAGAGCCAUUUGUUCCAAAGAAAGCAUCGUCUCGAGGUUCAUACAGCCCACCUCCAGAGCCACCACUACUACUAGACUGCUCAGUCACAAAAGACAAAUUCACCCUUGAACCAGGCCAAACGUUAGAAGAUGUAUACCAGGAAAACAGGAGCGAGUCAUCUGAUCAGAAUGCAACUGCAGGAACAUCAAGCAGGACUUCAUCUGGUAUAAUCAUGAGAAGACAAAGAUUUGAUCCUAGUUCUUAUCAGCAACGAGCCGAGGCACUUGAGGGUUUGCUUGAGUUCAGUGCGAGGUUGCUUCAAGAUGAGAGGUAUGAUGAGCUGAAUGUCUUGCUUAGACCAUUUGGUCCAGGCAAAGUUUCACCAAGAGAGACAGCGAUUUGGUUGUCCAAGAGCUUCAAGGAAACUACUAACCUGGAAGAUUAA